CACAGAACGGAAGAGGCGGGUCAAGCGUGUCUCUACGGCAAGUUCAAAUGCAAAGAGCUUUCUGUGCGGAGAAAGGUGGUCGUGAUAAAUGUGUUGCUUCAUUUACUUUGUUAGCAAGAUAGUGAAAUGAUGAAUAAGGUUGUUUUGGUGACGGGAGCCAACAGUGGCAUCGGCCUGGCUCUCUGUGAGCGUCUCCUCGGUUCCCAUGAUGCCGAGGGGCUCCACCUGUGUCUGGCCUGUCGGAACAUGCGACGGGCUCACGCCGCUCGUUCGGCCCUACUCGGCGCCCACCCCGCGGCCCAAGUGACGCUGCUGCAGAUGGACACCAGCAGCAUCAGCUCGGUGCUCAGUGCUGCACGGGAGCUCCAACUCAGGUUUAACCGGCUGGAUUAUGUCUACCUAAAUGCGGGGAUCAUGCCAAACCCUCAGUUUGAUCUCAAGGCUUUCUUCAAAGGCCUCUUUUCCAGUAGUGUCAUCACCAUGUUUGCAACCGGCGAGGGCAUCCUGACACAAAAGGAUGGAGUCACUCCAGACGGCUUGCAGGAAGUAUUCGCCACCAACCUCUUCGGCCACUUCCUCCUUGUCAGAGAACUUGAACCGCUUAUUUGCCAACCCGGCCAGACCUCUCAGCUCAUCUGGACGUCCUCCAGUAACGCUCGUCGCUCGGCUUUUAGCCUGGAAGACGUGCAGCACCGCAAGGGCAGCGAGCCGUACAGCUCAUCCAAAUAUGCUUCCGACCUUCUGAGCUUGGCAAUCAACACGCGCUACAACAAGCUGGGAUUGUAUUCCUCCGUGAUUUGUCCCGGCUUUGUGAUGACCAACCUGACCUAUGGUAUCCUGCCUUCCUUCCCUGCAUUCCUCUGGACCCUGCUCAUGCCUCUCUUAUGGCUGAUCAGAGUGUUCACCAACACUUUCACCCUGACACCCUACAACGGAGCUGAAGCUUUGGUUUGGCUUUUUAAUCAAAAACCUGAAAGGUUGGACCCACGGGCCAAAUAUCACAGUUUAACAUCUGUUCUCGGCCAUAGCUACACACAGCUACGGCAGAUGGAUGUCGACUUGGACACGUCACAGGCGCUCUAUGACAAACUGCUCCGGCUGGAGCGGGAAGCCAAAAGGAAACCUAUUGCAUCUUAACAACAGCCGUUUGACUGCCAGCCUGCUAAUGAGAUGUGUCAGAAAAGUUCUAGGACUGGUGUCACAAAAGAUAUUUAAAAUAUGAACUACACAAUUUUUUUUUUCUCCUUCAAAGUCAUCGAUACACACGUUCCCGGCCUUCCCUGCCGCUUUCAUGCACUCCUAGAAGGAUUCUUCCGCGAUCCUCCACAUCUCCAUUGUCAUGGCCAGCUUGAUAUCAUUAACCUCUUCAAAAAACGAGUGCCCUUGUGAGCUUGUGAAAGAGGGGGAAGAAAUUACGCAGAGCCAGGGUGAGUAGCAAGGUUUCUCCAACACAGCGUUUUUUUUUUUUUUUCUCGUCAAAGAACUGUCAGAUGCUCAGGGGAUUGUGAGAAGGCUCUUUAGGUUUGAAACAUGUCUAGCAACAUUCCUGGAUUUGGCUAAUUUGCAGAAUUAGUAUCAGAGCCGAGAUAACACUUAUGUCAGGGUAUUUUACAAUGCAAGCCUGUCGUUUUGACGCACACCACACCACGCAUAAAAUGUUAUCUGUCACUGACCAAACUCUCCUGAGAAAUAUUGCAUCUACUCGUCCCUACUUGAGGUUGGACCCAAUCUGUUUUUCCAUUUGUUUGGAUUAGGAAACAUUUUUUCCUAUUUAAAAAAAAAUAGUCAAAGAGAACCGAUCUGUUCCAUGGUGCAACUGUCACCAUCAUAAUCUUUAUUUUUAAUACGAGCAAAGUAUAACGAAUAUAUCCAACCUUUUAUCGUGCCAAGGCACAUCCUGUAUUUAAAAAAAUGCCAGAAAAACAAUUUGUAUUGACAUCAUCAUGGCCUUGUUGCAAUUUACACACAAAUUGAUUUACUCUGUGUUAAAUUUAAUCCAGCCCUAUUAUUCCGUUGUAUGAAUGAGAAAAGUUGAUACGCAGGUUAAGUGUACCUUCUGGCAACUAGUCGAAUUGCAUGAACGUGUUUGGCCUGUCAUGAAAUGGCGUGGCAUUGAUAGAUGAACAAAUAUACGGUAAAAAUUAUUUGUAGUCCAAUAAUUUUUGGACCAAUGAAGUGAAAUAUGUUAAUCUGACAUACACCUGAUGAUCUAUCACUGCCUUACACAGUAAAAUUACAAACCUAAUAUGAAGGUAUUCACACAUUUCACAUUUUAACAUUAUUUGUCACACGAGUGUUAAAAAA